UUCCCUUCUGCUGAGAUUUCCAUAAAAAAAUAUCUACUUGAGUGAACAAAAAAUUCCUGCGUCGCGUUCUUCUUUCAAAACAUGUUUCGACAGAUUACCCGUCGUUUUCACGCAUUAGCAAGUUCAAAACCUUUCACCAUUACACCCGAAAUUCAGAAUGCCCUUGCAAAGAAAGGACCCGUAGUGGCAUUGGAAUCCACCAUUAUCAGUCAUGGUAUGCCCUAUCCACAAAAUGUUGAGACUGCACGCGCCGUUGAAGAUAUUGUUCGGGCUCAGGGCGCCAUACCAGCUACUAUUGCCAUCUUGAAGGGCCAGGUGCAUAUAGGUUUGGAAGACGAGAAAUUGGAGCAAUUGGGUAAGAUGGGUGCAAAGGCACAAAAAUCGUCCAGACGGGACCUGGCACUUAUCCUUUCAAAGAGAGGAUACGGUGCAACGACUGUCGCUAGCACAAUGAUUCUCGCUCGGGCAGCGGGUAUUCCUGUUUUUGUCACUGGUGGAAUCGGUGGUGUGCAUCGAGGAGCAGAUCAGUCGUUUGAUAUAAGUGCGGAUUUGACAGAAUUGGGAAGAACACCUGUUGCGGUUGUAUGCGCAGGAGUCAAGAGUAUUUUAGAUAUUGAGAAAACACUUGAAGUACUGGAAACUCAAGGUGUAUCAGUCACAACCAUCGGUGAACGACGGUUCCCUGCAUUUUAUAUACCCGAUAGUGGUUUCGAUAGCCCGAGUUGUGUUUAUGAUGAAUCAGAAGCUGCUGAACUGAUCUAUCACAAUCAUAGACUUGAGCUGAACAGUGGCAUGGUCUUUGCUGUACCCAUACCCAAAGAGCAAGCUGCCGAUACACAAUCAAUUCAGAAGGCCAUUGAUACUGCUCUUGCUGAAGUCAGAUCGAACGGCAUCAGCGGCAAAGACGAAACACCAUUCUUGUUGAGGCGUGUCUCUGAACUAACCAAAGGCGAAUCACUAGCAGCGAAUAUUGCUCUUAUUAAAAACAAUGCCAAAGUUGGGGCAAGGAUUGCCGUGGAGUUGAGCAAAAGCUACACCAACUCUUGAUUUGCUUUUUUAAAAGACUACAUUACUCCACCCAACCUUUUAAAGAAGCAUAGCAUUACAGAGUGGCAGGUUCUUGUAAUUUCCCAAUGAAAUUAUUGCUCGUGGUUUUCAAAAAACCAAUAUCUGUUUCGUUGUAUUUUCCAGAGAAUAACUGCGUUGCUGUGCAUUCAACUCCACAUCAACGUACUGUACAUACUACCAUUUCUGUAUAUCUUGCCAGUCAUCAACCAUACGCGUCUUGUAAUGUAUUAGUAGUGGAUCUAAACAUGUACAGAGGCGCACCGCAGCACUGCUUUGAUUUAUAUGCAUGUAUUGUACCACACGAGUGCAACGACUGCGCCUCAAUUUAACGAGAUCAUCUUUAAAACCUGUAGAUUGCGG